AUGGAUACCUUGACCUCCAAUGCCUCGAAUCGUCACUUGGGCUCGAAAACAGUCCCUACACGACCCUCUCCGGCUGCUCCGCGCCCACAGCACCCUUUUGGAGCCAUGAGGCUGGAGCUGUCGCGUGGUAUGCGGCGUUUGGCACCACCCGUUCAAAACCCUUUGACUGACCGCAGUGCCACUUCUACCACAGGACCUCUUGCCGUCAGUAUGCAAGACCGACCCGUUCCAUCGCAUAUCGCGGAGCAUGAAGAGGGGAACAGCUCUGCUUCACGAGACGGACCGUACCGCGCCAACAACACUGCUAUCUACGCAGAUCUUGGACCCAACCCGUUCGCUUUCCAUCCCGGUCGUUCAUUAUACACUCCACAACUGCAAUCCGGCCAAUCCGGAUUUCCUGGAACUGCUCCAGUCGUAUAUCAAAAUACCUAUCUUCCGCCAAACGUCUACAGCAUGGCGAUGAGCCAGCCGCGCGUUCCUUUCUCGGCAACACAACCUUUGGCCGGCAACAAGCGCCAGAGGCAGAUUGCCAACCUAGGCGAAGACCACUACGAUUACAGCACGGUUUCUACCCCAACUCAGAAUACGCCUGCGCCCAAGAAGCGAUUAAGUACGCUGACCGCACCCUCUGCUACGACACCAGCACACGAUUCGAGCCAAGCCGUGCCCUCUACCACAGGCAAACUUCAAGUCCCCGGCCGUCGCCGCGCCUCUGAAGAACGAGACGGGACCUACCGCGGAGAGUCACCUGAGCAGGACACACCACGUCAGAGCAUCGAAGGUGGAAGUGCCUACAAAACACGCUUAAGCAGAAGGAAGGCCGAUGCAGACGCUGCCGUAGCCCCAGCUCGACCCCAAGACCUCCUCGCUACCCUGACUGUCAACGGUUUUCUAUCCGCAACCGAUUCGCACACAGGCAAUCCGGUAGCCUCCACAUUCGGCGUCUAUGCCGUUCCACCACAACUUCAUGGCAUCCGUGCAGCACUGGGCGAAGCCAGCUGGAAGGAGUACGUGGACCUGGUUGAGAAGGUGAUUGACUGCACUAUCAGUGAGGAUAAUUUCGAUGCUGCUGAACGGCGGAUGUUCCACUCUUUCAAUGAGAAGAUGCGCAUGAGCAUCCGGAAGAAGAUGAUCAAGAUGGUUGAGGCUGCUAGUUCGACUCAGGGCAACUAG